AUGGAGAGCGCCAUCAGGGACCAUCUACUCUGGGCCAACGCCACCAACCAGGAGAUCGACCACGCGCUCAAGCUGAAUGCUGCUAAAGUGGAGGCUGUUGGCCCUGGCAACACAAUCUGCUGUAGGUCGCAACAACCACAUCAACUGCGCAUUAGAUCUGUCAUAUACUUGAUUCUGGCAAAUUCAGCCAGCAGCAAGAUCAUUAAGGAGCUUGAGCAUAAGGUGCAAGUGCUGCAGAGUGCAGACAGAGGCUACGACACUCUCAGCACAGUUGACAAUGCUGCAGCCGAUGAAGAUGAUCUACCAGAAGCCGAUGACUUUGAUCCUACAGAGGUGUUCACCAUGGAAGAUUUUCUAGAGGAGGAUGAAAUUGUAGAAGAAUUUGUGAGGAAGAUUGGAGAUGGAUUCAAGGCUGACAUCCAAGGAGGAACAUCGUCUGUGACUCGCCGCCGCCGACAGAGUGGACCAAGGAGAAGAGUUGAUGCAACUGGUAUGGACGGUCAUUCACCCCUUCAGAAGUAUACUGCAGCUAUCCAGAUGUUAGCAUGCGGCUCGCCGGCGGACCAACUUGAUGAGCGGCUGCUAGUUUCUUGCUUCGAUGAACACAAGAGCGCAGCAGAAACAAGAACUUCCGCACAGGCCAUGGGUGAUUUUAUUCUGAAACUAUGUCAAUCCCAGCUAACAAAUCUCACCUCUAAGGCCUUGGACGGCAGGCCUACGAAGCUCGCCUCCGCCAUGUGCCUUGCCUCGUCGGGAUGCGCCCUGCCCCGCCGGCGCGGCCGCACUCUUCCUCGCCGACGCGGCUGUGGUCCACCACGCUCUUGA